AUGGCGCCAUAUUCGAUUCUGGUAACGGGUGCAAACCGUGGAAUUGGUAUCGGUCUUGUCAGAGAAUUCCUCAAGAACAAGGAUAUUGUCCAUGUGAUCGGUACAGCCCGUGAUCCAAGUGCUGCAAAGGAGCUCAACGAAAUCAAGGACAAGAGGUUAACUGUUCUCAAAUUAGAUGUGACAUGUGAUGAAUCUAUAAAGAAUCUCUACGGGGAGGUGGAGAAGAUUGUUGGUGAUCGUGGUCUCACCAUGCUCGUGAAUAAUGCGGGAAUUUAUGUGAAGUACUCCACAAAUCAAGAGCCAAAUCGUGCCGAUCUCAUCAAAAAUUUCAAUACCAAUGUUGCUAGCGUGGCUGUAAUCACCCAAACAUUCUUACCUCUUCUGCGUAAAGCUGCUGCUCAAGUUUCAACGGAUGAAUUUUCUGUUAAUAGAGCAGCAAUCAUAAAUAUAUCAUCUGGUGCUGCAUCCAUUGGGAAUAACACUACUGGCUCAGGUCCUAUGGGAUUGUUAGCUUACAGAGUCAGCAAGUCAGCUCUGAAUUCAUUGAUGAAAACUAUGUCUAUCGACUUGGAGCCAGAGCAUAUCCUCGUUUCGAUGUUCUGUCCAGGAUGGGUAAAAACUGAUAUGGGAGGACCGAAUGCUACCCUCACACUUGAACAAUCCAUGGAAGCCCUUGUCCCUUCGAUCUACAAGCUCUCAAAAGAACAUCAAGGAGGAUACUUUAUGAGAGAUUUGACGCCAAUUCCUUUCUAA